CUGUGUAUGAAUUCAAAUUAUAUAUUGCAAUUAUAAAAUAAUUUUAUUUCUAGUAUUUGAUAAUUAAUAAAUUUGUAUAUUAUAAAUAAUAAAAAUCCACCAAAUAGAAUAUGAAUAAAAGAACAUUUUUGGAUAUUGAUGAUACAAUAUUAAUGAAAAAUCUUAUUUUACCUGAAAAUAAAUCAAUUAAUGAUAAAUUAAUAAAACCUGAUUCAAAACCUUUCUUUAUCAUUCAACCUAUACCAGGUAUAUGCGUAAAAACUAAAACUGAUACUGGAGAAAAAAUAUUUCUAAAUAUUUGUAUAUCCGAUAAAAUUCCAUCACCUGAUGAUAUAUCGGAUGUAAAACUCUUUGAAAUAUUGUCUGAAGAAAAUCCACAAUUUGUUAUACCUAUGAGUAUUGGAAGUGAAAGAUUUGAAUCUGAUAAAUGUGGAUCUCCUUGUGUAACAUAUGAUGUUGUAAUUAAUACAACAUAUUUUGAAAAAUGUCAAAAAAACAAAAAUUUUUUAUUAUUCACAAUAUCAGUUAUAAUGGAUGGUGUAUCAAAUAAAUUUAACAAAAUAUUAAAUACAGAAGAUUAUGUAAUUCUAAAAAACCGCAAGGUAAUGGGAAAAUUACAACAACACAGAAUUGAAAAUCGUGAACCACGAGUUCAUACAGAAACUAAAAAAAAAUUAAUUGAAGAAAUUAAAACUCCUAUUUCAAAUAUUCAUGAAAAACAAAAAAAUAUUUCUUCAGAAACUAAUGUUAUCUCAAAAUUGGAUUAUGUUUUACUAAAACAAUUUUUAGAAGGAACAUCCAUACAUUUAAUUGGUUUAUUCCAAAUACCUAAAGGAAUUACGAGUAAAGAGAUAGAAGUACUUCUUAAUGAAGAUCGUAUUGUGAUUAUUAUUGAGAAAACUGGUACCACAUGUGAUUUAUCAAUUCCAUAUAUCAUAAAUAUAGAAUCUGUAAAAUGUGUUUUAGACAGUAAUUUCAGAGUACUGAGAUUAGAUAUGCCAGUGAAAAAGGCUUUAGAGAAUAUUCAAAAUAAUUAAUUCAAAAUAAUAAAUAAUUAAUUCAAUCAAUCAUUUUAUUAUAACGAAAAAUAUUGUAACAUUUAUUUAUAUUUUAAAAAAAAGUUAAAAUAUAAAUUACACUAUUUACUAUUUCAA